UUUAUAAGAAGUUACAGAACAUUACAAAAUGCAGGGCGGGCCACCCUUGCCUCCAGGAUGGGAGGCACGAUGGGAUCCUAACCAGGGCGCUUAUUUUUUCAUUGACCACAAUACUAAAAAGACUACAUGGAUUGAUCCAAGAGUUGCAUUACAAGCUAAUCAGCCCAAGCAACCACAAUAUGGAGGACAGCAUGCUGCCGCAGCCCAGCUUUUGAACCAAGCAUCUGUGCAAAGUCCUGCCACAAGAGAAAUCCCGCUUAACACAUAUAACAGGGAUGAACAUAGAGACUUCAGCAAAGGGAGAGAACUCACAACAUCCUUUCCUACUAAGCACCCACCACCAGACACAAAUAAUGCAAAGUUGGAUGCUUCAAUCAAUGCCCUCAUGAAGAGUCAUCCUGGGGCCACGUAUGACAUGGUUAAAGAUGUCCUAGUCAGUGUUAACAACAAUCACUCUAAGGCAAAAGAAACCUUGGAGUCUAUGGGAUACAAGCUGAAAACAACAGGGGGCACCUCAUCUGGAAAUCAUUCCAGACAAUCCUCAGCAAAACGGACGGAGCAUAGGUCUCCAGCGAAAGAAUCUUCACCUCCAAAAGAGACAAUAUCCGAAGAUCAGAAGAAGAAAAUAAAAUUGCGAAUAGCUGGGGCAUUUUCUCAUCUUGAAGCCAAUGUAAUUGAGAUGGCAUUAGAUAUCUGUCAUUACAAUGAAGGAAAAUGUCGCACUUUACUGAAAGGCUGGGAUGAUAGGAAGAAGCCAGAAAUAGGGGACAGAUCUAAAACAUCAGACUCUGGAUUCAGUGAAUCCAGUUUCAGUAGACCAGCCACUACAGAUCCAGUUGCUUUUGAUAUGGAUGCUGGAUUACCAGUCACCCUUGAGGCUGAUCCAGAAAGCUCCAUAUCAUCACCAAAGAAAAAAGGUUCUCCAAAGAAAACUGCAAAAUCCCAUCAGGAAAGGUCAAGGACAACAGAUCAGGGAAGGUCAAGGACAACAGAUCAGGGAAGGUCAAGGACACCAGAUCAGCGACCUUCAUCAUUAAGGGCACCACACCAAAGAGCUAAACAUGCAAAAAAGAGUAAACACAAGGAAUCUUUGGUGGCCAGACAUCCACACACAGUUUCAGAGUAUAAAACAGCUGCCAUUGGUCCUAAUCCAGAACUAAGGAAAGGCCCAGAUGAGUCCCUUCUCAUACAAAACUACAUAGCGGCUGUGGGUCCUAACCCAGAACUAAGACAUGGCCCUGAUCCCACGCGGUUAGGAAACAGAGUGGUGGCCAUGGGACCCAAUCCAGACCUGGUUCACGGCCCUAUGUACCUCCAGGAUCCUCGUAGGCUGAUAGCUGUAUAAUGUGGUCGGAGGCUGAUAGCUGUAUAAGGUGGCAGGCCUAGGAAUAACCAGGAAGUAAAACAACUGAGAAUGUGAUGGAAUGGAAUUCCUGAGAAGCUCUUGUUUUGAAGUUCAAUCUUGUAUGCUCUCUUUUUAUGAAAACUGAGGGGAAAAUGCUAAUAUAUUGUUGUUUUAAAACUUUUUUUUCAAUAUUUUUAAUAAUGAGAACUUUUUAAUGAGUCUAACUUGUAGUUCGUAUAUAGGAAAUAGAAGUAUCUAAUUAAAUAGUCUGUGAAGACUUCAUGUACUUGUAUACAUUAAUUGUAGAAACAGUUGGAUUUAAAGAUAAUCCUUGUAUCCAAGUGAGAUGGAAUGUUUCUCUUCUUAAAUGAGAGUUUGUCUACCUGUACACCAAUUUAAAAAAAAACACUUACAUGUACACUAUACAUGUACAUAUUAUACUUAGAUUGUUUGAAUUCGGCAUGCCUUAUCUCCCUCUUUCAUGUACAUUUGUAAAUGUACAAUGUAGCUAGUUUCCAGUUUUCAUGUCCAGCUGAUGACGUUCAUUUUUUUUCUGUGCAAUUCAUUGAAACUCUUGAAUGUUGUAUCACUAUAAUUGCAAUGUAUUCUUUAGACUUUUUAUGAAAAAAACUAAUAAAUACAUAAAAUGAUA